AUGUCAUUAAUGGAGGUAUCUCCCGAAAGAGGUGAAAAGGGUAUACAGAACGGUAUGGAUAAUGCUCUAUUUUCUCAACCUCAGGCGGAAGGGUCUAAAGAGGUGCAACAGAUGGCAGGUACAGUAAUGUGCUCGUUAAAUAAACAAUCUCAUUCACCUACCUCAUCUUCUUUCUUUGUGGAUCAUCUGUAUGAGCUAAGAGGCAGACAAAAUUACACCGUGGAUGACGAAAGUGGACUCAGGAGGGAUAAAGAACCACCAGACAGGGGCUUUUACUCUGAUCAAGAAAGCUCAAAAAAUUGGGCUGAUUCAAGUGAAGAUGCCACUGUAAAUGAAGAUCAAGGAAUUAUCUUGCUAAACCAAACAACAGUGAACUACUCCGACUGCAGUACUGGGCAUAGUCCCAGAGAGAAAAAUAUGUGGCUUUUAUGGAAUGAUAACUUGGAAGUUAAGAGCAUGCUGCACUUUGAACAAGCUAUGACCGUGUCAGUCUCCUACCAGGGAGCUGAUCCAGUGUUAGUUACGGUGGUGUAUGGUUGUUGUGACUUACUUGUUAAGGAGGCCCUUGUGGGGACACUUACAGCUGGGGAUCGUGGCUCAUUUUGUUGCUACAGCUGGUUUUAUCAGACUUUAUCUUUGGUAAACAUUGAAGGCUUUCCACGGUUCUGCUCAGAGGGUUUUCAGCUGGAUUUCCAGCUGGUCUCAACGGGUUUCCAGCUGGUUUUCCAUGAUUUCUUUGUGGUUCUCUGCUGGUUCUUAUGGGCUCCACUUGCUGCUGUGAUGGUUCAUGUGCACAGCUUUCUUGUCGCUGCUGCUGGCCACCUCUGGUCUCUUUUUCUUCAGCUGGUUUUGCUGAUUUUCUCAUGGUCUCUCAGCGGUUCUUUCAUCUGCUUGACGCUGGCUAUUGGUCUGCUGCUGUGGGUUUCUCUGUUGCUGCUUCCUUCGGCAGUCAGCUGGGGAUUUGUUCUCAGCGGGCUCUCAGUUGCUGUGUUGGUUCUGGGCUUAUGUUCAUUCCUCAUGGUUUUCAUCAUCUCGCAGUUGCUGUCUCUUGGGUUUCCAGCUUUCCUCCAGCUGAAUUUUCUGGAUCUUCAGCUGGACUCUCAGCUGGCUUUUGCUGGCCUUCAUGUCCCAUUUUAUGUCCUUUUCUUUUUUGAUGGUUUAUGCCACAUUGGCUUCCUUGUUUUUGUUAAAGCCCGGCUUCCUUGCUUCUUGUAA